UCGGAUAAUACUUAGAGAUGGUUUCAGUUUUCUUCAUGACAAACCUGAGCAUCCAGCGCGGCCGGCGGGGAAACCGACGCGCUGCUUUCAGGAAGUGUCCUCACAUCAGCUGAGCGGAGCUCUGACAGGUCGGCUGGCUACCGUCAGGGUGGCGUGAGAGCGACCGCUGACUUGCUCCGAGACAUUCAACAAAACCGGGGAUGCAAGGCGGAGGUUUGGUGUGGAUUUGUAGGUGCUAAUGCUGGAGUGUCACUCCGAGCACCAGUAGAGUGAUAAAUAGAAGGUCAGAGGUCAGCGCUGACUGUCACUUCUCACCUUCUUCUGAGUCUCUCUCAGUUGUGGAGGAUCUCCAGUGAAGAUGUCUCUGAUACCUGUUGUGCCUGACGGCCACAGUCAUGUACUGGCAGAGUUUGACUGCCUCGAUCCACUUCUGUCUGCACUACGUUUGGACUCCGGCAGGAUCAAGUGUACAUGUUUGGCAGUGUCGAGGAAGUGGCUGGCUCUGGGAACAUCAGCAGGGGGGUUGCACCUGAUUCAAAGGGAGGGAUGGAAACAAAGGAUCAUCCUCACUCACAAGGAGGGAUCUAUUGCUCAGGUGGCGUGUUGCCCUCAUGAUGAGGAUUUUAUUGCUGUUGCAACAAGUCAGGGUCUGGUGGUCGUGUGGGAGCUGCAGGUUGAGCGGCGGGGUCGUCCAGAGAGAGUCAGUGUGUCCUGGGAGCACAGAGGUCACGCCAUAACUGCGCUCUGCUGGGACACAAACACACUCAGAGUUUUUGUUGGGGACUCGGGAGGCAAGGUGUCCGUUCUGCGUGCAGGAUCCUCCAAGCUGGGCAAGGGGUCAGCGUUCGUUAUCUUCCCUGUUCAGACCGUCACCACUGUCGACUCCAGAGUGGUUCAGCUUGGGUACCAAGAUGGCCGCCUGCUUGUGUCCUCCCUAAGCCGCUGCUACCUCUGUGACACAGAGAGGGAGAAGUUCUGGCGUGUUGGAAACAAGGAGCGUGAUGGGGAGUACGGAGCUUGUUUUUUCCCUCAGAACAAGGGAUUAUUAGUUGGUCAGCCACCCCUGCUGUAUUGUGCCCGGCCAGGGUCUCGAAUAUGGGAGGCCAAUUUUAAUGGCGAGGUUGUGAGCACCCAUCAGUUCAAACAGCCACUGGGCUGUCCUCCUCUACCUCUCAUCACUUACAGAAAUGAGCCACAUUACAACCCAGUCCAGAGGAACCCCCAGUCAAUUGCCUUCCCUAAACUUCUUUAUCUGGGAGAUCAGAACCUGCUGACCUGGACUGAUUCAGCCAUUUAUGUCUUCACACCUCAGAAUGGACAAGUGCUUCUGUGGACUGAAGUCAAAGACUUGGUUGAUAUCGCAGUCUACCGCAGCGAACUCUUUUGUCUCCAUGGCAGCGGACGUCUGUCCCACCUCUCCCUGUUAUCUGCAGAGCGCUGUGUUGAGCGUCUGCUGCGCAGGGAGUCCUGGCCUCUGUCUGCUGCUGUCUGCUGUAUGUUUCAGCACACAAUCACCACCAGCAGGGCCAGAAAAUGCAUUCCCAUCGACCGCGUUGAACAUCUCAAGUCCCAGCUCAGCUCCACCACACACCUGGAGCUUAUUGGCCAGCUGGAGGAAGUCAUCGCUAAACUAGAGCCUCUGGACUCCGCCUCCAGCAGCCGCAGAAGCAGCAUCUCCUCACAUGAGAGCUUCAACGUUCUGGACUGUGGAAUCUAUCGCGUGAUCAGCCGCAGAGGAAGCCAGUCAGAUGAGGAGACGAGCUCCCUCAUCAAUCAGUCCACGUCAGAGGAGGAGAGGCUCAAAGAGUUCAGUUUUGUGCAGGAGGAAGAUCAGGUGGAUCAAGAUCCACAGAGCGGUGAGCGUCUGGAGGCUGAGCGAUCUGAGCAAGGCCUGCAGUUCCACCUUCCCCUCUCAUUCCGCCCCAAACCCCCUCGCAUUGCACUGCAGGCCGUCAAAGACAGUGUGUCUAGUUUUGUUAAGAAGACAACAGAGAAGAUCAACACCCUGCAGAUGAACUCUGAACUCUGGCAGAGGCCUGAAUUCAGAGAGGGCGGACAGUCCGAAAUGUCGGUCACCACAGCUCCAUACUCAGAAGAAAUGGAAAACGAAGUUUACGAUGAAGUGCCGAACACAGAGGCUGACAUGCAGGAACUUCGAUCAGCAACAGAACGAACUAUAUCCCAGAUCCAAGAUCCUUUGGUGCUUCUAGAUCCAGCUUGCCUGAGAGAAACUCUGCUGGAGUGGCUGCCGGUGCUGGAGCGAAUACUCGGACCUGCAGAGCUCAGGCCAGCUGCUGUCAGUGAUUCAAACGUAGAUGGACCAGUAGAGGAGAGACUCGAGAUGCAUUAUCUGAGCUCCUGCUCAGAGCAGCUAGAGGACUCUUCCUGCUCAUCAGGAGAAGCAGCAGAAGGUGAGGAGGCGAAAGAUGAGUCCUAUGAAGUCGGAGAACAAGAGCACCAGUGUAACUCCACAGAGAAGGUGUCUGAUGUUUCAAAUGGGAGCAAUCCAGAGCCUGUGCGAGUGGUGUCCCCCAAACCUGUACCACCAGAUAUCCUGGCUAAUCUCACCCAGCUGGCCACAUUAUACACAGAGCUGAGCUGCUUCAGAAACCAGGAGAAUGGACAAGCAUUGAAGUGCACAACUUUCCUGCGGCGUUACUUCUUUCUGCUGGAUCAAGAGCGUGUUAGAAGAAUGUGUCUGCUGUGUUACCAGGAGCAGCCAGAGGUGCAGGGCUCCUUCACUGAUGCAAUGCUAGAUUUCACUCAGUCCAGUAAGGUGGUGGAGGUUAUUCAGAGAGGUGAUUUACUGAGAUCUCUGCGCAGUCUGCGAGAGCUGCGGCCCUGGAGCACACCUCUUCUCCUCGCUCACUUACACAGGCUAUAUGAGAAGCAUGGGGAGGCAGCUGUACGCUCAUUUUCCCAGUUCUAUCCUACAAUAACUCCUGCUGAUGUAAUGACCAUGGCUCAACAAAGCCAUUUCCUGGCCUACCUGGAUAAUCUGGUCCAAUCACGAACUGAGGAGCACAGGCUGUCAUUUUUGCAGUCCCUUCUUGAACCAGAAUCACUGAGACAGGACUGGCUGGAGUUGGCACUUACCCACGAUGCUCCUCAGCGCUGUGACACCCUAACCCCAGAUGGACAGCCCAGGUGGCAUUCGCAUUGUUUCAGCUGGGGUUACGGACGCCUCCUGUCUCUGCUGAUUCGUCUUCCUGCAGACCUGUCCUCCAAGCAGAAGAUGGCAGAGAUGUGCCGCAGUCACGGGUACUGGACGGGCUACCUCUACCUCUGCUGUGAGCUGCAGCGUCGCACAGAGGCGUUCUCCACCAUCUGUCAGCUGGGUGACAUCAGCCUGCUGGAGGAACCUGAAGGUGUUGAGCCCCAGACGUUGGAUGAGUGGAAGCUCUUGUUCCAGUUGUCUCAGAAGUGCAGCAGUGUGGUGGAGUCUGAGCAGGUCGCAGGUGUGAACGGGAGCAGCUGGUCCAACGGUUCAGAAGACUGCGGAGGAAAGAUCAGCGUGGAGAACCUGACCCUGAUGCUGGCUCGGACGGUCGGACCCGACCAAGCUCUGGCUGUCCUGGAGGAGUGUGGGGUGCAGCUGGUCCUUUCCCCUCACUCCAAACUGGUCUGUGAACUCCUGAGAGUCACAGAGAAGAGGCAGAGGGCGAUGAUCCAGACGAUGCUCGAGCGCUGCGAUCGGUUCCUGUGGUCUCAGCAUGCCUAACUCCAGAUCAGCGCUGUGUGGACAGCAGCUUCUCUAAGCCAAACAAGAUGACUAACACUGUAUGUACUGCAAGUCUCCCCACUAUCUGCUGCUGAAGCUGUGGCUUAAUUUAUGCACUGUUAUAUUUGUCAAAGAAGCAGUAUUAUCUUUUUAACUUUAACUUUUUUUUGCACGGAUCUUUAUAGUAUUAUCCUCCUCAUUCCUUUUAUUGCCAACUGUAUCAAUAUUCAGGUCUAUGUACAGGGUAUGAUCACAUUACACAUCAAUUCUUUUAAUGAUGCGGGUUUAGCAUUCACAGAUACACAAAUAUUUUGUGUCGUCGCAGGACAAAAUAUUUGUGAACUGUCAGAAAUAACAAGAAAAUGUUCUAACCAGGCAAUAUUAGGUGAAUAAAACUGCCUCUUUGAAA